AUGCCUCCUGCGCGCCCUGGCAAGCCGCCCGCAAGGCUAACCGAAGUGUCCAACAAGACGGUCGGUCGCCACACCGUCAAGACUCUCACCUCCUGGCUUGAGUCCAAGGAACUCAGCGUCGAGGGUUCCAAGACGGCUCUGGUGCACCGUGUGGUCCAGAACCGCACGUGUAUCCCCGACCACCUCCUCCCUCUUCCUUCGCCGAUGGACCUCCUCCAAGUCUCCGUGGAGAACGUCAAGGCCGAUGUCAAGGCUCUCCAGGCCGACCUUGCCAUCAAGGACGAGGAGAUGAAGGAGCUCAAGGCUGCCAACGAGCGCCUUCAACAGCAAGUCACUGCACUCAAGUCGCAGGAGGCCGAUGGUGCCGCGGGCCACCGCGCCGUCGCCUCGUCCUCCGAGGCAAACAAAACCGUCGACGAGGAGGCGACCGACCCGAUGGGAGUCGCCAAGUGUGGCUUUUGCGGACGUACGGGUCACGUCUCCCGCAUGUGCCGCGAGCACAUCCGCAAGCCGAUGGCGGCUUACGACAACAACCUCGGCAUCGCGCCAGCUUGUUGA